UCUAGACGGGGGAAACGAGAGUUGCGCUACUUUUUAAUCCGUUGCAUCUGCCUAAAUGCACCUUCUUAAGGAAAAAUACUUUACAAAAGUCGGCAAAUCAGACUCUCAUCUUUACUUUGGUCUGAUUAUUUUUGUAUCUAUUGCGGCGGAUUAGCAGCCAUACGGGCUUGAAAGUACAGAGACAAGAAAGGGGUUACCCCGAAUACGCAAGAUGAGAAGAGGGAUCUCCUCGGCUUCGGACAAAGUGAUUUUAGCGGGGGUUGGGAGCUCUCCUCUGGACAAUAAUAUAAUUUUAACAACUCUCUCGGAUCGUUUAAACCCUGGUCAAUCCAACGCUACGUUUAUCCAAAUAAUAACCACCCCACCGCCUUGCAACGUUACACAGACAUCAAAUGUGUGUUUAUCUGAACCUCAGAUAAACAACAUUUAUACAACUCCACAACAAGCUGCAGCAAACGGAGCAGGACAACGACCCGCUCUGGGAAGACCGCCGGCAAAAAGGCGGUUGGCACUUGAUGAUUCAGACCACCAGUACCAGUCAGAACCAGCCAGGACUCCAAGAGGCAGAGGAGGGACAGCGGCGGCCAAUGGGGCAAGGCUAAAGACACCCAGAACACCCAAGUCUCCACCAGAGAAGACUCGGUACGACACCUCCCUGGGACUGCUAACAAAGAAGUUUGUGGACCUCCUUGCUCAGUCUUCUGAUGGCGUUUUGGACCUUAACCUUGCUGCUGAAACCUUACAGGUCCAGAAAAGGCGGCUGUAUGACAUCACCAAUGUACUAGAAGGCAUUCACCUCAUCAAGAAGAAAUCAAAGAACAACAUUCAGUGGAUGGGCUGUAGUCUGUUGGAGGUAGAGGGGGCACUGAGCCAGAGACAGAGACUGACAGCGGAAGUUUCGGCGCUGGGAGAAGAAGAGCAGAGGCUCGAACAACUCAUCCAGAGAUGCAGCCUGGAUAUGAGACACAUGAGCGAGUUGCCGAGCAACCAGAAAUAUGCCUAUGUAACAUACCAAGACAUCAAACAGCUGGGAAACCUCAGAGACCAGACUGUAAUUGUUGUGAAGGCGCCCACGGACACCAAACUAGAAGUACCAGACCCUGAUGAGAGUUUGUCCAUCCAUCUGACCAGCACUAAGGGUCCUAUAGAAGUCCUACUGUGCCCAGAUGAAGAGAACGACCCCAGGAGUCCUAUAAAGAAUGGCAACAUGGACAUCAAUGGGAACUCGCCUUUCCUUAAAGUCCUUCAAGAUCCCAGCUGCACGACCACUUCUCCCAGCCCCUCCAUGGUACCACCUGCCUCUUCCUCAGCUGUCUCCGUCACUACUCUCUCGCCCCUCUCGUCCCCUUACACCAGUCUUCUCCAGCAGACAGAAGACCAGAUCCCCUCAGCCCUUGGGCCUUUUUUAAACCUUGGGCCUCCUCUUCUGGACCAAGAUGACUACCUUUUAGGUUUGGGAGAUGACCAGGGAAUCAGCGACUUGUUUGACGCCUGUGACUUUGAUAAAAUGCCCUCUCUUGGCCUGGACGAUCUCCUGUGCAGCUAGCAUUAGGUAAAAUAAAUUCAGAUAAUUGCAUGGGAGAGAGAUGGAGAAUCAGUGUGGGUUUUGAUGCCUGUGACUGACUGUGUAGUUAGUGGAAGUCAAUUCUAAAUAGAUGGCAAUGAUACAUUGAGGGCAGUCCCAAUGGGACUAAAUGCCAUGUGUUUUCAUGGUGAGAGAGAUAAAUUGUCUUGCAUGAUUUCACACGAAGACACGACUGGUCAGUGUGAAGACGUAUCCAUUGCUCUUGGUCUCAGGCUAUGUAAGGCCUCCAGUGUAGCUGGGCAUUCAGGGACACCUGAAAGCCUUUGCUGUCUGUUUGUUUCAGUAUAAAUGCGGAGGGGAAGGAUACCCACCCCUCUGAACACAAGCUUCAUGUCACUGUACAGGGAGACCAACAAAGACAGAACAGCUGAGAGGAAAACACCCUCACACCACUUGCCGUUAACACCUGGAUGACUGGGUUGGGUUUAGCAUAAAAUCCAAGUGUAAAUGCACCUGAGAUGCUCAGAUAUGAUCACUCAAAGCCAUCAGUAGAAUGCCCAAGAGUAGGGAAGAAGGAAGUGGCGUUAACUGUUGAAGUCUUGAACGAUCCUGUGUGUAUGAGGAUGUGAUGGCCCUGUAAAUCUGUGUUUUGGCAAGCAAGGGAUAAGGUGAUCUGUGUAUUCCCAGUGAUGCAUUUUCUCGUCAGGUGUCCAAGUUCAUCCAGGUAACCCAUCCCUCAGCAUAUCCUCGAGUUUAAGAUGUGUUAAUGCCAAGUGCUGUGGGGGCUGAGGGGACUCUCAAUGAUUGCAUUCUAUUACACCAAUGAUCUGUGAUUGAAGACUCAUACUGCUGACUGUUAGGUAGGCGUUUUGUGUGUUCAAGUGUAGAAAAUUUUAGAAAUUAAAUGACGAUAAAAAAAAACAAGGCAAUUCGGUGCACAGCAUUCACAACUACAGUUGUUAUUUUGUGGUUAGGGUAGGAAGGCUGCGCCUGCUGAGACACUUGUCAGGUAACCAGUUGUGCUAUUUGGGCUUAUAAUCAUUAGAGUAUGAGUAUUUUUGUACAUUUAAGCUCUAUUUAAAUGUAUUGAGAGCUGCAUGCAUGUCCAUAUACUGUUUUGGAGUGCACAUGAUAUCCAGUUUUAAAGGAAACGUUAAAAUGGCAAUUAAAAUACUCGAAAUACUCUAAAAGAAGACAGGUUUAGCCUCCAAAAGUGUACAAAAUAUUUACAAAAUGCCUUAUGGCAGAGAAUUUAUUCUCUCUUGUUCUAUUUCCUCCAUUUUUAGAAUGGAUUUAAUUGGUAAAAUAAGGGACCUUUGUUACCUGUUCUGUACCUGUUCAUUCUACUGAGCAAUUGGACAUCUUCAUAUUUUGUACACUUAGAAAUGUACAGGUCAGUGAAUACAGAAAUGUCCACAUGUGAACGGACAUUGUGAAGUUUGACCUUACAUGACCUGCGUGCUAAAAGCACAAAACCAGUACCUGUACAAAUCAGGCCCAUUCGCACACAUUACGUGCAAGCUUGAAGAUCAGCAGAUAUUCCAAUUUAUACUCCUGUUAGUACUUUGUGAAUGCAGGACCUGAACUUCCACUUUCUUGCUGUUUUUUUUUUUGCCUAUCCCCUCCAUCUACAUCAGCAGAAGCUGCCAUAACCAAACCUCCCCUAAUGCCUCCUCUCUUAGACUGUGUGCUGUGAAAUUAUUCUGUGGUUUGAGCUUAUCAGAAAAAUUUGACUUUGAGCCACUUAACGUCACACACUGCCUACUCGGUGUGUACUGAAAGCAGCGUAGGAGACAGGAUGGGCGCGUAUUAGUCUUUUUAGGUUUAUUAAGUGUUGAGUUUUAAUGGAUUUUAAUGCUGUAGAAUAACUAAUAAUAUCACAGUCACCGAAGCAACAAGGGGCCAGAGAGCCACUAAUUUAGGCUUCAGCAUGUAAUGAAGGGCUUUACUUCCUGCAGGAUUUUAAAAAAGUGAGAAAAGGACAAAAAGACAAAAUAGAUCGGCUUCAUAAUUGGAGCAAAUUCAGUGCAACCAUGCCAAGUUUCAUACUAACUUUGAUUAUACUGUCCUUGGCUGUCUAGGGCCUCUGAGUCUUCAGUGGUAAAUCAAGAAAAGCCAGCUAGAGGAGCUGUAGGAAUGUGAUUUUUUUCUCCCUCUCUCUUGUAACACAAUUCCAAUAGCUCCUUCUGUUCUUCUAGAUUACAUCCUCGAUAAUAACAAAACGCACAUGUUCUGUGUGUGAAACCCUGGCUUUUAAACUAGAGGAAACAGCUGCCGGGGGUAAUAUUGCUGCUGUUAGUGUUAACUCUUCCCCUGACCUGAUUGAUGUGCGCUUGAGUAACUGUGUGUGCAGCAUGUGUGAGUAAUGUCAAAGAUCAAGCUUGCUAAAGAGUAAGCCUGCCAUGUGUAAAUUGAUGUACAGUUUUCUAAAUUUUUCAGUGCACAAGGUACUGUAGGCUACCUCCCACUUAAUGUUGGACAAUAGUAAUAGGGCAUAGAGGUAAAUGCCAUAGUGUGUUUGAGUCUUUAAAAUUCCCUUUUGUCAUAGAAAUUACCCUUAUCUUAUCUCGAUGUGAUGUUGGAUAUUACAUCGGCCUUUUCUUUUUUUGUGAGUGCGAGAUUCAACUCUCCACCUUCUAAUAAUGAGUAUGCCUUGGCUCUUAACCCAGUUUCUUGUAUCUUGAAUUUGAAUAAUGGGGUGCACAUUCGAUGGAUAGUAAAGCUGACAAAUAAUUGCAAUAUCUUUUUGUUUUUUUUGUGUGUUUUCUGUAAUUUAUUUCUGCUUUUUUUCGAUGAACUACGGAACAUCUGUUAGACCCAAAAACAAGUACACAUUUCAUACGUGCAUCCUAUCAUUCAUUCAUUCACAGUUAGCCUAUCUGCCCUUUACUGGUGAUUAGGAGACAUUGCUAUGUCCAUAUACAUCACUGAACCAGGAUCAGUGACUUACGUCCUCCGCUGAAGUGUAUAGGGGGCAUUGCUUCUGUGACACUGUGUGUCCGUUUUAUUUUUUGAAUAUUGUGAGGGAGUCUGUCCCACUUUUCUAUUAACUUUCUUUGUUUCUUUUCUUUUUUUGCAUUUCUGUCAAUUUCACUUUGGUGGAGAGUAUUGAGACCUGUUGAAACAUAAUUUUGACUUUGCAAAAGGAAAACCCAGUUGUUCAUCUAAACUUAACCCAUUCAAAAAUACGGUUUCUUACUCAGUGUAAUUUAGCCUGAUUAGUGCUGCUAUCAUAAGUGAACAAAAUUUGACUUGAAUGCACAGAAGUUUCCUAAGUCAUAGAUCACAAUUUCCCGAAAGACAUAUUUAUAUCAAUGUAUUUUAUAUGGAUUUACAGAAAAGUCAAGUUCAGCAUUUUCCCCAUUUUUUCCCCACAGUUGUGCUAUUUUCUAAGACCAUUUACAUAGGUGAUUAUAUGUUCCUCCAUCUAUUUGAAGCGACCAGAAUUUCAUCACAAUAUUUUAUCCACUUUUACAAAACAUGAUUUUUGGAAAGAUUGCAUAUUUCAAUGGGUUUCUAAUGAAGUGUGAAAGAUUUUAAUGCACCGCUAAAGCUAGUUUCCAUUGCCAGUGAGUCUGAAAAUGUAUUGUGGUCACUCUUAAAGUUACAACACCUUCAUUUCUAGCGUGUGAUUCUGAUGUGUGAUUAGACCUUACAGAAAGUUAUCAUUAGGCUAAAUGUGGUGUUAACUAUAGGCAAGAUUGAAAGAGCACUGUUUUUCCUGCUAUUUUCCUAUGGUUAUUCUUAAGCUGUUACCAAAUACAAUAUGCUGAUCCGUAAAUAUUCUGUAAAGGUUAUGUGAAAAGUUGACUAUUUGAUAGGAAAGAAUUGACUGUAAAAUUAUAAUAUUGCUGCCUGUUUCCACUAAUUACAGAAAAAAAGAGCUGUAAUAUCACAUUACUUUUGUUUUUGCAAUUUGAACGCAUGGGUGAAAGUAUUGGUGUGCUGUUGAAUGUUUAAGGUAAACUAAUGUGAUGAUUUUUGAUGUGUGUUCAGUUAUAUACGUUUCUUUAACAUUUAUUAAAUGAGGAAUUUGAGUUGUUUUUUGU